CUGGAUGCGAAGUUUACGAAGUUGCUCGACUGCUUGUAGUCUGAUUAAACUUGCGGCGAAGUUUUAACGCAUUCUGACGCUUCAAGAGUUAUUAAACAUAUUAAUUUUGUUCAUAUAUUCAUUUCUGUGCUCUGAUUUUGUUCGCGCAUCAGAAAAGACAAUUUCUCGUAAUGGACUCUCUUAAAAAAAACUGGUUUACUGAGGCAUGCGAAUUAUGGCCCGGAGGCACGUUUUCGUUCGAAGUGAAGGAGGUGCUUUGUGAUGAGAAAUCUGAAUACCAACAUGUUCAAGUUUUUGAUACUACAAGUUUAGGUAAAGUUUUGGUACUGGAUGGGAUCAUACAGUGUACUGAAAAAGACGAAUUUUCUUAUCAGGAGAUGAUAUCAUUCCUGCCUUUAUGUUGCCACAAAAAUCCUGAAAAAGUACUAAUUGUGGGUGGAGGUGAUGGCGGAGUAGCCAGAGAAGUUGCCAAGCAUCCCAAAGUGAAACAAAUUGUUCAGGUGGAAAUCGACGCAAAAGUAAUAGAAGUAUCAAAGAAACACCUCCCCUUCAUGGCCGUAGGCUUCGACAGUCCAAAGCUGACGCUGCACGUUGGCGACGGCUUCGACUUUAUGAAGCAUCACAGCGCUGAGUUUGACGUGAUCAUCACCGACAGCAGCGACCCCGUCGGCCCGGCCGUCACUCUGUUCCAAGAGAAUUACUUCAGCUUAAUGAAGAGUGCCUUGAGGGAGGGCGGUAUUGUGUGCUCGCAGGCGGGUACUAUUUGGAAUGACUUGCAACUUGUCAGGAGUACACUGAGCCAUUGCAGAAAACAGUUCCCCUCAGCGGCUUACGCCUACGCGUCAGUACCGACUUACCCGUCCGGCCAGAUCGGGUUCGUGAUCGGUUCUCUCACCCCCGACGCGCGUUUCGACGUUCCCACCAUUACCUUUACUAAAGACGAGGAAGCCGCCAUGAAGCUGAGGUACUACAACUCGGAGGUGCACAAGGCUGCGUUCGUGCUGCCGACGUUUGUUAAAUAUCAGCUCGCGUAGGUACUUAACUCGGAACGGGUCUAGUUAACGGUACAUUUAAGCAUAGUUCACUUGUAUAAUGAUAUUGCUCUUAAAGAAAUGCCCACUGCGUCGCAUGCGCGACGUAAGUCAUAUGCAUAGUCUUUAGUUGUCAAGCCAAGCCAGUUUGAGAUUCUAUUAUAUUAGAAACCGCAAACUGGAGGCGCCAUAAAAGAAGGCUCAGAAGGCUAGAGUCGGACCAAGCUAACUUUGCAAGCCUUCUUUGUACUAACCAGCGGCAUUAUCCACCUGCCUCAUUAUAUACCUACACUACAGUUCAUUAUGUAUCAACUGCUUUGGACCAUUGGGAUGACAAUAGAUAAACAUUAAAUAGCGUUCGGGCACCUCCGGUUUGCGGUUUCUAAUACAAUAGACAAUAAUAGGUAUAUUAAUCCCAAACUAGCUCGACUUGAAAACUAGACUAUACCAAGGACCAUCCAUGACCAUACUUUCGUAGCGUGUGCCACAGUGGGAAGUGAAAUUUAUAAGUAGUCCACUGACUCUAAAUUAUGAUUAUUAUGAAAUAACAAAUUUAGUAUUUUCUCUCGAUUAUGAACAGUUUUAUUAUAACAAUUUCAAAUGUGAAAUACCCCUAGUUUUUAUACCUAUUUAGGUAUAGCGAAUGCAAUAAGGAAAGGCAUAUCAUUCUGUUGUUGUUUAUAGAUGUUUUCACUGUUGGCUAAUUGUUAAUUUAUAGUUAUUCGUUAAGACAUUAAAAUUUUGUACUCCGUACCAAACUUUGUUCAUUGAGCAUUUAUUUUUUAUACUGUCUAAAAAAUUUAUUUUUAUACAACUGUUCCAAAUUGUUCCAUAUCUUUGAAAACGAAGGUACUGAUUAUUUUAAUAGGGCUAUGGUUAUAAUGUAAGACUGAAUGUUAUAAGGCCAUACAUAUAUGUACGCUUUGAUAUUUGCGAAGACGCGUCUGAAUAGUCUGAAGCUUGUCUCAUUUCUGACAUUCCAUAUUUUUUAUUACCAAACAUAACGUACAAGCUUACUUAUAAUAUUAUACAAAUAAGUAUACAAUAUUGUAGUGAAUUUAAUAAAUAAAAUGCAUUUAGACUAUUGGGAAAGAUUUGCUCAGAAUCUAUAUAAUACGACAUUUUUAUACAUAUUUUUGUAUACCUAUUUAUAAAACAUUUAUGUACAAGUUACAUCGAUAACAAUAAAUUAUGUUUUUUA